AUGAAACAACCUUCAAGAAAAUCCCCCCUAAACAUAACUUCAGAACAAUCCCUGAAAAACAAUCACUUCAAGAACAAUCCCCUCAUGAACAAUCACUACAAGAACAAUUCCCUCAAGAACAAUCACUUCAAGAACAAUCCCCUCAUGAACAAUCACUUCAAGAACAAUCCCCUCAUGAACAAUCACUUCAAGAACAAUCCCCUCAUGAACAAUCACUUCAAGAACAAUCCCCUCAAAAACAAUCACUUCAAGAACAAUCCCCUCAUGAACAAUCACUACAAGAACAAUACCUCAAGAACAAUCACUUCAAUGAACAAUCCCCUCAAGAACAAUCCCCUCAUGAACAAUCACUUCAAGAACAAUCCCCUCAUGAACAAUCACUUCAAGAACAAUCCCCUGAAAAACAAUCACUUCAAGAACAAUCCCCUCAUGAACAAUCACUACAAGAACAAUCCCCUGAAAAACAAUCACUUCAAGAACAAUCCCCUCAUGAACAAUCACUACAAGAACAAUCCCCUCAAGAACAAUCCCCUCAUGAACAAUCACUUCAAGAACAAUCCCCUCAUGAACAAUCCCCUGAUGAACAAUCACUUCAAGAACAAUCCCCUCAUGAACAAUCACUUCAAGAACAAUCACUUCAAGAACAAUCCCCUGAUGAACAAUCACUUCAAGAACAAUCCCCUCAUGAACAAUCACUUCAAGAACAAUCCCCUCAUGAACAAUCACUACAAGAACAAUUCCCUCAAGAACAAUCACUUCAAGAACAAUCCCCUCAUGAACAAUCCCCUCAUGAACAAUCACUUCAAGAACAAUCCCCUCAUGAACAAUCACUUCAAGAACAAUCCCCUGAAAAACAAUCACUUCAAGAACAAUCCCCUCAUGAACAAUCACUACAAGAACAAUUCCCUCAAGAACAAUCACUUCAAGAACAAUCCCCUCAUGAACAAUCACUUCAAGAACAAUCCCCUCAUGAACAAUCACUUCAAGAACAAUCCCCUCAUGAACAAUCACUUCAAGAACAAUCCCCUGAAAAACAAUCACUUCAAGAACAAUCCCCUCAUGAACAAUCACUACAAGAACAAUUCCCUCAAGAACAAUCACUUCAAGAACAAUCCCCUCAUGAACAAUCACUUCAAGAACAAUCCCCUCAUGAACAAUCACUUCAAGAACAAUCCCCUCAUGAACAAUCACUACAAGAACAAUCCCCUGAAAAACAAUCACUUCAAGAACAAUCCCCUCAUGAACAAUCACUUCAAGAACAAUCCCCUCAUGAACAAUCACUACAAGAACAAUUCCCUCAAGAACAAUCCCCUCAAGAACAAGAACCAAAUCCCGACCCACGAGGCACAGACGAACAGCCAAUCCCCUCCGUCAGCUCGCCCAGAGGUUAGCAUCUAUUAUGAAAACUUUUCAUUCCAGCGACAUUUCACAAAUUGA